AAACCCAAAACUAAAUCCCGCUCUCAAAUUUGUUUACCCGCUCAUCUUAUUAUCCACUGAAAAUCCCCAAUUCAAUUGGCCAAACUCAGGAAAAACCACUACCUCCAUUUUCUUUCAUCUCUGCUAUUUCCCCGCAAAACCCCGAAGGUAGCGUUUAACAAGUUUGAUUCAUUCUCCAUGGCUAGCGAAACCCUAGAAGAGAAGAAACCGGAGGAGGAGGCGCCUGUUGGUUCUAAAGGGGAGUUCAAAGCGAAGGAACCAAGGGAAGACAAAGAGAAAGAAGAACUGGAAAAUAAGGAACCUUCGCUCAAAGAGGCAUCUCGAACAUGCGAGGAGGCCGAGGCAAACAAAGAAGGUGAAGAGAAAGUGGAAGAGGAAAAGAAGGUGCAGGAGGAUGGAGGAGAAGGAUUGAAGGCUGAAGAGGAAGAGGGAGAUCCGGAAGCUGAAGUUGAAGAGAAACUAGAGGAGGCCGAAGAUGAGGCUGAAAAGGAAGAUGAAGCGCAGGAGGUCGAAGAGGAAGAGAAAGAGCAGCAGGCUGAAGAGGAGGAUGAUGGUGAAGAGAGAACCUCAAAGAAAGCGAAGAGAAGUACACCGAAAAGGACGCGUAAGAAAUCAGGUCAGGAAUCAAAUGCGAAGGAUCCUGUUACCCCAAGCAGUGAUAGGCCCACCAGGGAGAGGAAAGUGGUUGAGAGAUACUCGGCACCAUUGGCCGCAAGAGUGAGAUCUUCUUCAAGCAAAACCUUGUCAAUUGAGAAGGGUCGUGGUACACACCUUAAAGAUAUUCCAAAUGUGGCUUUCAAGUUGUCUAAGAGAAAACCUGAUGAUAGUCUUCAGAUGCUUCAUAUGAUACUUUAUGGAAAGAAAGGAAAGGCUCAUACUUUAAAGAGAAACAUAGGCCAAUUUUCAGGUUUGGUGUGGAUUGAGGAUGAGCAAGAAAAACAGAGAGCGAAAGUAAAGGAGAAACUUGACAAAUGUGUUAAAGAAAAAUUGAUGGAUUUCUGUGAUAUUCUCAAUGUUCCAAUGAGCAAGACCGUAAAGAAGGAGGAACUUUCUGUCAAAUUGUUGGAUUUUUUGGAAUCUCCUCAUGCUACAACUGAUGCUCUGCUUGCUGAUAAGGAGCAGAAAGUGAAAAAGCGUAAGGUCACACCAAGCAAGAAUAUCAGCCAAGGGGAAUCUUCUGGUUCACCAGCAAAGAAGCAAAAGCAAACCGCACAAUCUGGAGAAAAGCGUAAACGAGCAGCAAAAACAGAUGAAGACAAUGAAAAAGAUGACUCAGCAAGCACUAAAGGUGAUCUUCAUGACGAAGAAGAUGGUACUGCACCAAAAGAAGUGAGUGCUCAUGAGAAGAGUAAAUCAGGGGAAGAUGAAGAUGAACCAGAAGAGAAUAGAAGAAGUUCCUCAAAAAAAAUUGUAAAGGAGAGCUCGGGGUCUAAAAGCAAGGGCAAAUCUACACCUGGAAAGAAGGCCAUGCCUGCAAAAUCUACAAAAGCUUCUGAUAAACCUGCCAAAAAAUCAUCUGGUACAACUUCAAAACAAGGUUCUACCAAGGCUGAUGGAACUUCAAAAGGAUCUCUGUCAAAAAAACAGAAAGUUGAGAGGGAAGGUCUAAAGGGCUCAAAAGACAAGGUGGCUGGCAAGAAGCAAACAGGCAAAUCACCAGUAAAGGAUUCCACCAAAGAAAAAGGUAAAGCCAAAUCCUUCAAGAAACCUAAACCACAGCCUAGCAGAGAAGAGAUGCUUGCAGUGGUUGUUGAUAUUCUUAAGGAAGUGGACUUCAAUACGGCAACUUUAUCUGAUAUUCUUCGGAAACUAGGUCAACACUUUGAUGUCGAUCUGAUGGACAGAAAAGCAGAGGUGAAGGAUAUUAUUACUGAAGUGAUAAGAAAUAUGUCUGAUGAAGAAGAUGAAGGCGAAGAAAGUGAGGAGGAUGGGGAUGAUAAAGAUGGAGAUGGUGAUGAUGAUGAUGAUGAUGCUUAGGUCUUUUCUUUCUUUUAUAGAAUCUUGAAGAACAUGUAAGGGAUGUGCAGUCACCGGUUAUAAUCUCUCCCCUGGCUGUACUUCAGCAGCACUUUUCAUUGUCAUAAAUUUUAGUCAUUCUUGAUGUUCAAUAGGUUUUUGUUUACCAAUAGACAUUUGUAGCUCCUUGUACAAGUAGUCUGUUUCUGACCUGGCCUUAAAUUUUUCACUUGUUAUUUUUUGGUCCCCUCAGCUUUGCCGGUACUUAGUCUUUUACAUUG